AUGGUGGAUGUUGUAACUCAUACAAUGCCUGCAGAAAGUGAUGCCAACGUGGCCAGAAACUUUCUCACAAAGAUUUUGAGAAGUUCUAUGAGGAAAAAUCACCUCAAAGGGAGGAAUGAGUCUUCAUGUCGGCCCCACUCCUGGCACUCCAAAUCUGCCGAAAACCCGACCACAAACAUCCCAAAAUCUGAAGCCGACCCUGGAGCAGAGUCUUCUUGGCCGACAAGAUAUGAUGCAAGUUCUGCCUCAAAAGACUACACCAGCUGUUGGGGUCAGACGAAUCUGCGACAAGUGUCCUGCCAGUUCAGCUCAGUGGGAAAUAUGGAAAGUGUAGAGCCCGUAGCUCACGCUUUCUCUAAAGAGUCGCAGUUGAACAAGCCUAACGCUGGAGUGGACCAUUCGGUCGUUGAGAGGGGUCUCAACAAGCCUCCAUCAUUUUUAUCAGGCGCAAGAGACAUCGGUGCACUUCGGAGUAUCACCACCACUGAAGGCAUGUUUUACAGAGGCAGUCCAAACGAGCUUACCAACGACUGCCACAGAUACCUGCAGAUACCCAUGAGCACAGGUGAAAGUGUGAGUCCCAGCAUAGAGGAGCAGUCUGCCUUUAAAAUCGCCUCCAGCGGGAGAUCAAACCCUGGACCUGUGUGGAAUGUUCCUGACAGGAAACCGUCAAUUGCGCCUCCUCCUCCACUGUGUAGUGAUAGUUUCACUGCCACCAGAGUUCACGAGAAGGGCCUGGUGGGGUCGUUCCCUGAAGGUUUUUCCGUGCAUCUACCCUCCAGAACUGUGGAUAGAGACAGUGACGAUAGCCAUGCCAGCGAAAGGGGACGGGAGGCGAGACAUAGCUACAACCCACCUCCAAAAAAUUACUUUCUUCAUCCAUAUCUUUCCGUUAAAGACUGCAACCAAAAUCAGGUAUACCCUAGCAAAACAUUUUCCCGCUCAAGCACUGAUGUAAGGCAAGCCCAAAACCCAUUUUCAUAUGAAGUCCAGCAUCAGAGACAGUACAGCGAUGAGAGUCCCUAUGCGAUGUAUCCCAGUACUGCAUGUACACCAAAGACUCAGAGCGUAGGAAGCUACUACCAAAGUCUUCAAGACUUGCCAACCAACUCAGAGACUCAAAACUCUGCUAGAACUUCAACAACCUUUGAACACAACCAUGAAGGCCAAUCUCAUUUCCGAUACUACUGCAUCACUACUCAGCAGCUAUCCCAAGAAUCCUCUUCCCAUCCACAGGGAUUGAUAGGAAAUGUACGGAGAACUGAAGUAGGGACCAUGCCGGGAACUAUUGGCUCUCAAAAGAUUGCAAAGACAAAGUAUCCCCAACCUCACCUUACCCUGCCUGAGAAUGGUUGCACCAAAAAGGCCAUUAAUUCUCCUCCAACUGAAGCUACCUCUUGUCAACCUCCUCGUGUUUUUCUAAAGUCCAGCUCUAACGAGAGGGAAAGAGACUCCCAUGAAAAGAAUAAAGGUGGGUUCCAUCACAAACCCAACCAUCAGAUGGAGCAAAAGAUCCCCAUCUCCAGUCCCUGGAUCAUGCAGGAGGAGAAUAUCUGUCCACAUAAGACGCCUAUGUUAUACUCUUUGACCCAGGAGAGCAAGAUGAUUGCGGAUAAAUCGAUAGUAUCAUCCAAAGAAGCAAGUCAUCAAGAAUAUUCUGACUCCACGGGUGGCAAACUGGGAAGAAGGAGCGACCGUUACGCCACAACAUUACGCAAAGAGAUCCAACAGAAAAAAGCUCAGCUGCAGAAAAGCCGAAGUGCAGCUAACUUGAUCUGCUCCAGUGAAGUUGAGGCUGACUCUGUUGUCUGGAAGGCUAACGAGACCUCAACCUCCUCGUCUGAUGGCUCCUUCACAAACACCUACAAGGAUCAUCUGAAGGAAGCCCAAGCCAAAGUUCUAAAGGCCACAUCUUUUAUGAGGCGAGAUCUGGAAGUUCUGGGGAACGAAACUUCAACAGGCCAACCUCCAAAAAAUGGCCAACUCACCCGUAUUGGCGGACGUAAACGGUUUGCUAUGGACAAGAAAAUACACUCGUUCUCUGAACCGGAUAAGAUCAAUGAAGUAGGGGUUGAAGAUAAAACAGUUGGGUCCUUUGGGGACCGAUAUCAAUUCUUUGAGGGUUCUUGUAGACCGAAUUUCCAAAAGCCCAUUUUUAAGCAGUCCCUGCCCGGUCCCAGAGACAAAACUGAAUUGACCAGAGACACUGAAGGUAUCCCUAGAUCUCCAUUCAGACAGAGUAAAUCAAGCCAUUCAAACCUGAACGCUCAAGAACAACAACGUCUCGAUACGUUUGCUGAAUAUGAGGCUACGUGGAACAUGCAGAAGAAGACAAUAGAAAGAAGAAACACAGGCAGAUUUCACUCAGCUGAAAACAUUCUGGACUCUAGCGGAACAGUGUGCGUUCAUGAAAGAUCACGUUCUUCCCCGUCUGCUGACAUUCACACUCAGAAAAUCUCACUGCCACCGAACAUGUCUUCUUCGGAACACAAGAACAAGCGGGAGACUUGUGUCAUCAGGGAGCAAAAUCCUGUUAGCAUCCCUGAGGCGAUCACACAAAACAUUCGCCAAAAUGAAGACGCGGCAAUUCCUCCCCCAUCCAACCAGACACCAAGACCUGAUUCCACAGAUCCGUCACCUCUCUCCUCACAUCAUCUCCAGGUUCCUGUAUCUGAAAAGUCAUGUCCAAAAAAUACAGGGAGGAAAACUCCAUCACAUCUAGAAACAACAGAGCCCGGACAGGGGGUCUCAGUGGUGAGAAAAACACCAGAGCCGACUCAAUCCUCCACCAGACAUUGUUCUUUACCCUGUCAACUUGAAACCCUGGAAAGAGAAAUGUUCUUGAGAUCAGAGGACGGCGAGGGGGAGUUUUCUCUUGUUCUCCCUGUGUUAGGUCAUAUCUCCAUCUCUUCCCAACAGAAUGUUGGUGUGUUUGUAACCUCAGAGAACAGGACACACAUUGGUUGUACAUUUGAGGAAACGUCCGCCGCCAGACAGAAGCUCGACAUACAGAAUGAUUCAGAGAGAGAAUCAUCUGGAGGAUGGGAGGAGAGUAAAGCCGCUCAACUGAAGAACAGCAGCACACAUCAGAGUUCAUCUGAACAUCAAACCAAUGACAGGACAGAAUCACUCAACAUCAGCGACACCGCCCAACGCUCGGAGGACGACCUGAAGAGAGAGGAACUGGCCAGAGACAUCAUGGGAAAAGAUAAGAGUCUUGUGGAUAUCUUAGAUCAGCGUAAGAUGAAGACCACCAUGGAUCUGAUGGAGGGGAUCUUUCCUCAGGGUGAACACAUCCAGAGGAGGAAGAACACGAACAAACAGGCGUGUGUGAAAAACACACAGAUGAGGCUGGAGGAGAGUUUGACCGCGUCUGUGUCUUUACUGAGCACGUCUUCAUAUUACAGCACAUCUGCACCUAAAGCUGAGCUGCUCAUCAAGAUGAAGGACAUGCAGGAACACAUAAGUCACCACGACUCAGAAGAGGAGCUCGACUCGGUUCUGUCCAACAAGAAGCAAGAGUUGAUGGACAGUUUGAGCCGUAAGCUGCAGGUGUUGCGGGAGGCGCGGGCGAGUCUGCGAGAUGACGUGCGGAACAAUAAUCUUCUGGGGGAGGAGGUGGAGGCCACGGUGCGCUCCGUCUGUCGGCCCAAUGAGCUGGAGAAGUUCCGCAUGUUUGUGGGAGAUCUGGAUAAAGUGGUGAGUCUCCUGCUGUCUCUGUCGGGCAGACUGGCUCGUGUGGAGAAUGCUCUGAAUCACCUGGAGGAGGAGACGUCAGCUGAGGAGAAGCAAACUCUGAUGGAGAAACGCAAGCUGCUCAUUUGCCAGCAUGAAGACGCUAAAGAGUUGAAGGAGAAUUUGGACCGAAGGGAACAUCUGGUCUAUGACAUUCUGUCUGGUCAUCUCAGUGAAGAACAUCUCGCUGACUAUCAGCAUUUUGUCAAAAUAAAGUCGGCUUUGAUCAUCGAGCAGAGGAAACUAGAAGACAAGAUUAAACUGGGUGAAGAACAACUUAAAUGUCUAAAAGACAGUCUACCCAUGGACCAGAGACUGCUGUACUAG